AUGUCCCAGUCAACGCCACCGCCACGUGCACCCAGCUGGCGCAUCCACGCCGUAACGGCCAGCAGCCUCGACGCCGUCGUGCGCUUCGUCGGCCAUGCCCGCCGCGAAAUGUUUCCCACGCUGUGCGCCCAGCUCGACGCCGACGUAGCGCGCUGGGUGCAGUCGGGCCAUUUUUUGUAUGCGACGCAAGCGGCCCGAGACAGCCAAGCAGGACAGCAAUCAUAUUACCCAGCCGAAGGAGAAGAGAAUGGAGAAGAAACAGAACAAGACAACAUCAUCGCUACAAUUGGAUACGUCCCGUACAACCACCGCUUCCCGCAUCUCGCCUACACGCACAGCGACACGCAGCGAACCGUCGAAGUCGUGCGCCUCUACGUCAUGCCUGCGUACCGGCGCAGCGGCCUAGCUUCCGCACUAGUGCGCCAACUCAAGCAGUGCGCGGCCAACGAUGGCGUGCACCGCUUGUAUCUGCACACGCAUCCUUUUCUGCCGGGGGCCAUUACGUUUUGGGAGAAGCAGGGGUUUGGUGUGAGGGACAGGGAGGACCAUGACGAGGUGUGGAGGACUACGCAUAUGGAUGUUUUGCUUGUGCAUGGCCAGGAGGACGAGGGGUACGAGGACGAAGAGGGCGAGGAUACAAAGACGUUGUAA